UAAUUUUAUUUUUGACAAAAUCAUUUUUGGACAAUAAAAAAGCGUCCUCUCUUAUUUUUGGAUCGCUGCUUAACAGUAACAGUGUUGUCUCAAUUUGAAGUGGCUUUUGCUUCGUAAAAUUAAUUUCUCGUGAGUACCGUGAUUCCGCGAUUGUGCCCUAACUCAACGUUACGGUUGUUCAUGGUGCAAUGGAUUGGGUUUUUGUGCAUAAAACUUGGGAUAAGUGGGCUUCUAUCAACAUUGGUUCUGGUCUUCCUUUAAAAGCUGCUUUGCUGAUUAAUUAUGACCCAACUGGACCAUCUCGCUUGUUAUCUACCAUUGCUGAGCAAGAAGGAAUAAAAGUCAAUAUCAUUGAAUUGAGACAUUUUGUCGAUUUCAUCAGACAGAAUAAGCUCCAGACAGAGAUCUUCAAUAUUGGGUCCAAUCAAUACUUGGUCACCUCAAUUCAUGAGAACUGGUUUAGUGCUAGGUGCAUAAACACCUCAAGGCCUGCUGGGGAAGGUGCAAUUGUUAUGCAAACAGCAGCAUAUAUCUUGGUUGCUCUGUAUGAAGGUUCCAUUGGUCCGGCAUCUCGUGCCAUGGGAGCUGCUGAUCAGCUAACUGGGCAAUUAGGGCGAAAAAAUCUUUAGAAUGGUCCUCCUCCAGCUAUGGCAGUGUUCGGCAAGACAUUAAUGACCCAGCAUAAAAGACUCUGCCAAGUCUAUCACAGGAAGAACUUUAGAAAUAGGAAUUAAUUAGUUUAUGCUUUUGUAUAGGUUGUUGAGGUUUUUAUUUUUAUGCUUUUGAAUAGGCCCCUUUCUACCUACUGCUACUCAGAAAUCUAACAUGCAGACUGUUGUGGCCAAGUGCAUUGGUGAUGUUUUGAUGAAGCUAGUGUUGAAGAACUGUAAUGUAUAUUUAAUCAUUUUAGAAUUAUAGAUUUGAAUCCUCUUAUUUCAUUUUCUCUA